AUGAGCGCUGAUCUGGAGCGCGUGUCGCUCAACACAUCGGUGAACUCGGCCGGCGCGGGCGGCCGUGCGCUCUCGGCGAACGUCCGGAGGCUCCACAACGCUCUCAACUUGCUGCUCAGCGACCUGGAGAGAGAGCACUUCAUCCACUGUCUCAAUGUGUAUCACGCCAAGCGCAACGUCUUCGACCUGGUCCAAACUCUCAAAGUGAUUCUCAACACGCCCGGCAAACGACAGCUGCUGCCCAUGCUGCGCCUGGUCAUCCCGAGGUCCGACCAGCUGCUGUUCGACCAGUACACGUCAGAGGGACUCUACCUGAAAACAGACCUGCUCCCAAGCAACGGCAGCGCGGAGGGCUUUGGGGACGAGAGUGACUCUACUCUGCAAAAAUAUGUCAGCUCCAUCCACGAGCAGCCCCUCAGCUCGGGCUGUCCGGACGGCUUCAGCGCCGCGGCGGAGCUGUCGGCUUCCAUGGCCCCGCCGUUCCUCGAGGGUUCCUUUGGAGAGGUGCGCAAAGUCACCCUGACACGCUCCAGGAGCCACGAGGGUCUGGGCUUCAGCAUCCGUGGGGGGUCGGAGCACGGCGUGGGGAUCUACGUAUCCCUAGUGGAACCGGGCUCAUCGGCCGAGAGAGAAGGACUGAGGGUCGGGGACCAGAUAUUGACCGUGAACGAAAUGGUGUUCAACAAUGUCACUCACAUAGACGCGGUGAAGGUGCUGAAGGGAUACAAGAAGCUGGCGAUGUCAGUGUGUUCUAUGGGUCGGAUCCCUGGAGGCUACAUUACCAACCAUGUGUACAGCUGGGUGGACCCUCAGGGUCGGAGUGUGUCCCCACCGCCCGACAGCCAGGAGGUGAACCAGAGGCAAGGGCCCGGCAUGGAGGAGAGGACGGUAAACCUGAAUAUGGAUGAUGGUCGCUCUCUGGGCCUGAUGAUCAGGGGUGGUGCUGAGUAUGGUUUGGGGAUCUACAUCACUGGAGUGGACCCUGGAUCUGCUGCAGACGCUGGUGCUCUAAAGGUUGGUGACCAGAUCCUGGAAGUGAACGGUCAGAGCUUUGUCACCAUCUGCCACGAUGAGGCCGUUCACAUCCUCAAAACAGGACGCCACCUGCUGAUGAAGGUGAGGGAUGUUGGUCGUCUGCCUCAUGCACGCACAGUGGUGGAUGAGACCAAAUGGAUCUGCAGUCAGAGCAUAGCUGAGACCAACCCUACAACAAACCCAAGCUCUGUCACCAACCCCACUGUCAGUGCUGGUGUCCACACUGGUGUCAGUGCCAGUACCUGCAGUACAAGACCAUCUUCAGCCAGAGCUACACCUGUAUUAGGAAAGUCGGCAGUAUACAGAGGUGUGGGUCCGCCAGGUGCUCAGGUGUCUCUGGAGCAGCAGUCCUACAUGCUGCUGACGGAGCCAGAAAGAAAGACCAUGGCCUACUACCUGCAGGAGUACCAGGACGGACACAUAGGAGUGGAGCCGUUAGCCAUGGCUUUGUUUGAGCUCUUCAACACACAUGCAAAACUGUCCAUGUUGUCUGAGGUGAGGAGUCUGGUGGCUCCCCAGGAUCUGGAGUUCUACGACAGGCUGGUGUUGCACCGUGAGAGGGAAGCCCACCAGGCCUUUCACGGAGGCCUGGGACUGAUGCACCCACAGGGCCACUGCAACCACACAGCCCCUGCGACCCAUGAUGGAGGACACACUGUCCCUGCUAUGACGGAUGGCUCUGUCGGUGGCUGGACAGAAAACGAGCUGGAGGAGAACACUAAAGCCUUACAGAACAUUACACUGGAUGAAAUGCAGGCUUCAGGUGAAUCUCCUCCACCCUUCAGAGGUGCUCCUCUCCAGGCCCAGAGCAGACUGUCCAGGGAGAAGGAGCUCGGCCGGAAACCUUCAGCCCGGCUGGUGCAGCAAGGCUCCAGCCUCCUCUUUGCUGGCCCCACCCAGCUGCUCCAGGACUGCCUCCACAAGUCGCUCAAAUCCCUUCCCACCACCCACCAGCCCUCCCCAGCCUCUGCCCACCAGAGCAGCACCGGAGCCAGCCACCACACUUCCCUCAAUGCACUCCAUCACUCCUGCCAGACUUUCUUCCAGCUCUCCGACACCGAACACCCCAACCACCCACACUUCGCUCAUCACCUCCACCAGCAUCCUGCCCACCACAAUAGACCCAGUUCAGGGCACCACACCUGCCCAGGCUUCCUGCACCACCGGGACUCCUCCAGCUCUGCUAAACCACAGGGAUCUGUCAAGCUCUCUUCCAGAUCCAGCUCCUAUGAGAAGUCCUCCAUCUUGUCAAAGUCUGCCUCCUCUUCUAAAGCUGCAUCUCCCAUGCCAUCCCCUCAUCCAUCACCCCAUCCCUCGCCAUGCCCCUCCCCCUGCCCUUCUCUCAUCACACCUGCUGCUCCACCCUGCAGUCCCGACAGGCUCUGCUCACCUGCCCUCACUCAGAAAGUCAUCGUAACAGACAUGAACCGGCUUUCUGCAGACUCCAGGCCACAGCAAAGAGGGGCCACACUGUCCCAGCUGUCAGACAGUGGCCAGACUCUGAGUGAGGACAGCGGGGUGGACAUAGCCGAGGCAGGAGGCCUCAGUAAGGACGGCAGCCCUCGACCCAGCAAAAACCAGAAGAGCCAUGUGGAUCAGCCAGGGGCCCAUGCACCUCCACCGGGGGCCACCAGACAAAGUGGCUCAGCGGUCCCAGCACCCACUGCUACCCUGGUACGAGUGGUGAAAAACGCCAGCACCCUUGGCAUUGCUAUCGAGGGGGGAGCCAAUACACGCCAACCUUUGCCACGCAUAGUCACAAUUCAGAAAGGCGGCUCGGCUCAUAACUGCGACCAGCUGAAGGUGGGCCAGGUCAUCCUGGAGGUCAACGGCAUUUCCCUGAGAGGUCGGGAGCACAAGGACGCCGCCCGGAUCAUCGCCGAGGCCUUCAAGACCAAAGAGAAGGACCACAUUGACUUCCUGGUGAUUGAGCCGGGACUCUAA